UAGGUGGUGAAAUUAGGACGUUGUCGGAGCUAUCUCCUCUUCUCACUCGUAGUUAAAGAACUUUUAAGCCCUACUUUAAUUUUAAAGUGGCAUGGAGCAUGUAUCAAACAAGAUGCCUUUGACUGAGCCACAACGGAUAAGACAGGACUGAAGAGACCUCCCCGCCCCUAACAGUCACACUUGGACAAACCCAUCAUGUUGGUGACAGCCUACCUGGCCAUGGUGGUCCUACUGGUGCUAUGUGUCGGUCUGGAGCUAACGGCACGUCGCCUCACCCCACCUCAGCCCACCCCCUCUGCCAUGGGCACCAACCCUGCAUUCCGUAGGUUCCAGACCGUGUUCCUCCGAGGCUACCUCUUAGCCUUGUCGGCUGACUGGCUGCAGGGGCCAUACCUCUACAAGCUCUACCGCCAUUACAGCUUCCUGGAGUCCCAGAUAGCCAUCCUGUAUGUUGUUGGCCUGGCCUCCUGUGUGCUGUUUGCCCCCGUGGCUAGCUGGCUUCCUCAGGUCCUGGGGCGGAGACGGACCUGCCUGCUCUUCUGCGUGGCCUACUCAGCCUGUUGCCUCACCAAGCUGUCCCGUGACUACUUUGUCCUGAUCCUGGGUCGCGUGCUAGGAGGCCUGUCCACCUCUUUGCUCUCCACAGCCUUCCAGGCCUGGUAUGUGCACCAACAUGUUGACGUCCACGACUUCCCGAAAGAAUGGAUCCCCAGUACCUUCACCAAGGCUGCUAGCUGGAACCACGGGCUAGCGAUGGGGGCUGGGCUGGUGGCUAACAUGUUGGCUGAGUGGCUCCACCUGGGGCCUGUGGCGCCCUUCCUCCUGGCCAUGCCCUGCCUUGGGGCCUGUGGCUGGGUGGUGCUGACUGAUUGGGGCCUGGAGGAGAAGGAUGGAAGCCUGGAAGGGGACAACAAGAAGCCCUUGCUCGGUCCUUCUAGUUCAGCACCUCUGGCCCGGGCUUCUGCACGGGCCCGGUUCUGGCGCAGCUGUCAGGAAGGCCUCCGCUGUCUCUUAUCAGACAGACGGGUGAUGCUUCUAGGAGGAGUCCAGGCUCUAUUUGAGAGUGUCCUCUAUAUAUUCAUCUUCCUGUGGACCCCCGUCCUGGACCCCUAUGGCCCUCCGCUGGGCAUGGUCUUCUCCUGUCUGAUGGCAGCCAGUAUGGCGGGGUCCCUGCUCUACCGCCUGGCCACCUCCACCCGCUAUCGCCUUCAGCCUGGGCACCUCCUCUGCUUCUCCAUGCUGCUCGCCUUUUUCUCCUUCUUCAUGCUCAUCUUCUCCACUGCACCAGGCCAGCCCAGACCCCGCGAGUCCCUGCUGGCCUUCCUGCUGCUGGAGCUGGCCAGUGGCCUCUACUUCCCUGCUGUCAGCUUCCUCCAUGGGAGGGUGAUCCCAGAGGAGAAGAGGGCCGGGGUGCUGGCCUGGUUCAGGCUGCCUCUGCACCUUCUGGCCUGCCUGGGGCUGCUGGCGCUCCACAGGGAGGUGUCGGGGACCGGAGGGGGCGAGGGCGGUAGUGGAACCAGGCAUAUGUUUGGUGGUUGUGCUGUUUUGAUGCUAGCUGCUCUCUUGGCUGUGGUCAGUCUCUUUACACUGGGAAGGAACGAUGUGGAUCUCAGACUGGAUGGGCCCAAAGUAGAGGGAGAUAAUUGACAUUUAGAUUCAGAAAACUGAACUGUCCCAACAUUGGGCAAUGCCAUGGAGGAGGAGGACUAGGAAUACACUUACUGCUUUGUUUACAGCGAUGAAGACUUGUUUGGGAACUGAACAACUUUUGUAUGACUAAAAACUGAAGCUUAAUCAACAUAGGAGUUGCUAAUAUAAGACAAUGAUUUAAAAUAAUCUGGUGUUGGUAAGGUAUAUAUUUUUUGUUGCAAGAUUUCCUGAUAUUUAUUUGUUUACAUUUUUUUAAGACUAGUAAAUAUCUUGUUAGAUUGUUGAGUAUAUGAAGAAAAUGUGUUUUUAUUUGGAUUUACUAUGUGGCGGUCUGCAUCUUCUCAAGGGGUUGGGUUAAAUGCAGAAGAUACACUUUGGUUGAAUGCAUUCAGUUGUGUAACUGACUUAUUUCUUUAAACACACACAUACACACACUCUGACGCACUUGCUUGUGUAUUAAUGUUGCACCAGUUGGUAGCUCCAGGAUGUUAUUUAUAUCUCAGCCUGACCACGUUAUAGGGUUUAUCAACUGCAUUGUUCAGGGUGUACCUCUCAGCCAGGGCAGAACAAGGCUUCCAUCACUAGCGUUGUUCAGGGUGUACCUCAGCCAGGGCAGAACAAGGCUUCCAUCACUAGCGUUGUUCAGGGUGUUCCAUCCUCUCAGCCAGGGCAGAACAAGGCUUCCAUCACUAGCGUUGUUCAGGGUGUACCUCUCAGCCAGGGCAGAACAAGGCUUCCAUCACUAGCGUUGUUCAGGGUGUAC